UUGGCGGCCGCCGCCGCGGAGCAGGGCGCGGGGGGGGAUGAUGGAUCCGCGGCUGCGGCUGCUGACGCCCCGCGCCCGCCUGCCCGCCGUCAAUGGAGGAGGACGCUGAGACCCGCAAGAUCAGCAGCAGUUUCCUGCGAGACCACAGCUAUGCCACGGAAGCUGACAUCAUCUCCACAGUCGAGUUCAACCACACUGGAGAGUUACUGGCAACAGGGGACAAGGGGGGCCGGGUUGUAAUAUUUCAGCGUGAGCAGGAGAGCAAGAACCAGCCCCACCGCAGGGGAGAGUACAAUGUCUACAGCACCUUCCAGAGCCACGAGCCGGAGUUCGAUUACCUGAAGAGCCUGGAGAUCGAGGAGAAGAUCAAUAAGAUCCGAUGGCUGCCACAGCAGAACGCGGCCUAUUUCCUGCUCUCCACCAACGAUAAGACUGUGAAGCUAUGGAAGGUCAGCGAGCGGGACAAGAGACCGGAGGGAUACAACCUCAAGGAUGAGGAUGGCCGUCUCCGAGACCCCUCCAUGAUCACCAUGCUACGGGUCCCCGUGCUCCGGCCCAUGGACCUGAUGGUGGAGGCCACUCCCCGGAGGGUGUUUGCCAACGCACACACCUACCACAUCAACUCCAUCUCCGUCAACAGCGACUACGAGACCUACAUGUCAGCGGAUGACCUGAGGAUAAACCUGUGGAAUUUUGAAAUCACAAAUCAAAGUUUUAACAUCGUGGACAUCAAGCCCGCCAACAUGGAGGAGCUGACGGAGGUGAUCACGGCCGCCGAGUUCCACCCGCACCACUGCAACACCUUCGUGUACAGCAGCAGCAAAGGCACCAUCCGGCUGUGUGACAUGCGCACCGCCGCCCUCUGCGACCGCCACGCCAAGUUUUUUGAAGAGCCUGAAGACCCGAGUAACCGGUCAUUUUUUUCUGAGAUCAUCUCCUCAAUCUCCGAUGUCAAAUUCAGCCACAGUGGGAGGUACAUCAUGACCCGGGACUACCUCACUGUCAAGGUGUGGGACUUGAACAUGGAGAACCGGCCCAUCGAGACCUACCAGGUCCAUGACUACCUGCGGAGCAAGCUCUGCUCGCUCUACGAGAACGACUGCAUCUUCGACAAGUUCGAGUGCGUCUGGAACGGGUCCGACAGUGUCAUCAUGACCGGCUCCUACAACAACUUCUUCCGCAUGUUCGACCGCAACACCAAGCGUGACGUGACGCUGGAGGCGUCGCGGGAGAACAGCAAACCCCGCGCCAUCCUCAAGCCCCGCAAGGUCUGCGUGGGCGGCAAGCGCAGGAAAGACGAGAUCAGCGUGGACAGUCUGGACUUUAGCAAAAAGAUCCUGCACACAGCUUGGCACCCCUCCGAGAACAUCAUCGCCGUGGCAGCCACGAACAACCUGUACAUAUUCCAGGACAAGGUUAACUAGGAGGACCAGGUGUUCUUUAGGAGUCUCAUGUACUGAUACCAGUAAACACAUGGUUUCAACUGUUUCUUUUCUUUCUUUCUUUUUUUUUUUUCCCCUUUCCUUCCUGUUCUCUGUUCAGUUCCUGCUCUGCAGAUCGCGGUUGUGCAGAGGAGCACUGGGGCACCCCGGCCCAGGGCCACGGGGGGCACCCCACAAGACACCAGAUUUACACAGGGAGAGCUGAGACGUGGUUGGGAGUGUCAGGCCCGGCUAUCCCAUGUCCCCAGGCAGCAGUGGGGUGGCAGUGACCCUCCACUGAUGGCCGAGGGGGUGAUACAGGGGGGGCUGUUGGCUGGGGAGGAGGGUGUGGGGCUAACACACUGUGACCCCUGGGCAGCUCUGGUGACAGUGAUCCCGCUCCAAUUGUUUUAAACUUGAUCCCAGAAAUAUUCCACCUCUUGUGUUUAAGAUUGGAACAUCGCCUCCCUUUGCCAUUUUCCACAUUUGUCUUUUUAUUACAAUUAUUUUGUGUUUUAACAACAGAGACAGCAAAACCAAACGUAAAAUGGAAGAGUUCAGUUUUGCAAUGGACAAGCUUAAGAGGGGGGGGGAUGUGCUGCACCCUCAGAUCUGUCUGCUCCAGCCAGGCUGCCCCCUCACCCCCAGACCCCUCCUGAGGAUUUGGCUUUGUAGAUACUGUGGUGCCUUCUUUGGUAUAUGAAAUACCUUUAUAAACGAUGCUUCCGACCUGCAUUGAUCGCAAACCAAACCGACCCUGGGCUCUGCUGCAGUUCUGGGCUUUGCUUUGGUCAUUUUCCUCAUUCUGUUGUGAGCUCUUGCAUGUCGUGACUGACUCUCUCUCUCUCUUUCUCUCUCUCUCUUUCUUUUUUAAUUAAUUUAUUUAUUUAUUCAAUUUUUUUAAAAGAUGAAGUAUAAGUUGCUAAUUUAUGACCUUCUAAAGAAGAAUCCAACCGUAUAUUGCUGUUAGCCCCUGACUGUGUCAGAGAGAGGCUGUCUGCAGUCCUACAUUAUAAUAACAAUGAUAAUAAUAAUAAAACCAGUAACUCUUUCUCUCUGCAUGGCGAGGCUGCCUCUUUCUACUCUACAGAUUGGCCAGGUCCCUCUUUUACUUGAGCAACUGUUCAAUUAAAAAAAAAAAAAGACGACUGGAUUUUCCAUAAAUCAGAAAACUGCUCCUGCAGCAAGAAGCAAAUGAAUAAACGAAGUCAAUAUAAAAUCCAACACUGUCACUUUGGCAGUGGCUCUGCAGGGGUGACCCUGCUGCCAUCCCUCCUGUGGGGGCAGUGGGCACCCCCAGCACCCAUCGCCUGGAGGGGCCGGGACACGGCUCGCCGAGGGCCAGGUGCCUCUGGGACAGCCUCUCUGCAAGGAUCCUGGAGUGUCCCGACCAGGGAGAUGAACUGCUGCACACCCAUGGAGCGCACGGACUGCCUGGAAAACCAGGAGCUGGGCAGCCGCAGGGACCCAGGGACCCAGCUUGGAGUGCGGAGCUGCUGGGAUGUCCUGGCCCCGCACACCACCUUCGGAGGAGCCAUCCCAAGGCUAAAACAAAGUGCACUGGCUUAUGGAUUUAUUCCAAGGGAUGGCUUUCAGGAGUAACUUUUUUUUUUAAAUGAAAUGAUAAAAUAAAAUAACGAGAGUAAAUGAACCAUUUUUUAAGAAAACGCUCUUUUUUGGUUCUGUAAGGAAAGCCUGCGCUGCGGUGUCAGAAGUAAAGUUGUCCCAAACGUG